ACGAGGAAGCCUCACAACUACCUGCUAGGCCAAAUUAGGUGUUUGCCUUUUUGUGUUUCGACAUGUCUGCCUACCGUUGUUGUGUGUCAACAUUCCGUCUCACAUCACCAGGGACACUCCCAAAGCAAACAGUUACCAAUGAAACGCUGCUGUCAACAGGAAGCUCAAAACAGGCGGGAAACAGACAGAGAGAGAGAACGUGUAGAGAACCAGAAGUGGAGGCUGCACAGCUAACGGUUCCAUUUGUGCCUUGCAUCAUCCCACGUGGUCGUACAACCUGAUACCGAACACACGCCGCGGAGCAACUGACUCCUUUAUUGGACACCACGUGACUGCGUGUUGCAUUCAUGACAUUGUGUCCCGAGCGGAGCGGCGGCGAUGGCGGCCUCGCUCCUCCGGGCGUACAGGAGGCGCUGGUGGAUGGCGGUGACGGCGGUAUUUGAAAACCUGCUGUGUUCGGCCGUGCUGCUGGGAUGGGGCUCCCUGCUCAUCAUGCUGAAGAGGGAAGGCUUCUACUCCCACCUGUGCUCAGAGAAUGACUCCGUGGUGGUGUCUUUGGGGAACUCCUCCGGCGGGGAGGUGGAGGAGUGGCUCAGCUGCGUGGAUCAGGAGGAGAUGCUGAACCUGGGAUUCACCAUCGGGUCUUUCUUGCUGAGUGCCACCACGCUGCCUCUCGGCAUCCUGAUGGACAGGUUUGGGCCGCGCCCAAUCCGCCUGGUGGGAAGUCUGUGUUUCAGUCUGUCCUGUGUCGUCAUGGCCUUAUCUGCCUUCAAUCCUCAUGCUCUGUCAGAACUUAUUUUUUUGGCUGUCUCCCUGAAUGGCUUUGGAGGCAUCUGCCUGACCUUCACUUCCCUCACGCUUCCCAACAUGUUUGGUUCUCUGAGCUCCACCGUCAUGUCUCUGAUGAUUGGCUCCUACGCCUCGUCUGCCGUCACCUUUCCUGGAGUCAAGCUGAUCUACGAAGCGGGCGUGUCCUUCGGGGUGAUCAUGUGGAUGUGGGCGGGUCUGGCCGGGGUCGUCUUUUUGAACUGCUUCAUCAACUGGCCCGCCGAAGGCUUCCCGACACCUGACGAGGUGGACUACAGUAAAAUCGAGGCGCUGCAAGAGCCGCCUUCAUCUGGCGAGAAGGCCGCCGGAGAGCAGCUGAGCCUGAAAAAUGGAGACGUCCGACACUCGACGGAGAAGCUUCCUAAUGGAACCGACGCUGUGCCCAAUGCGACUCCCUUCCGACGGUCUGUGUUCUCUCCCAUCUUCCUGUGGAGUCUGAUCACCAUGGGGAUGACCCAGUUGAGGAUCAUCUUCUUCAUGGGGGCGAUGAACAAGAUGCUGGAGUUUUUGGUCACCCACGGGGAAGAACAUCCAUCCGAGCAGAUGGUGAUUGAGGCAGAAGAGAAAGUGAGUUUCUACUCGUCCAUAUUCGGCACGCUGCAGCUGCUGUGCCUGGCCACGUGUCCUCUGAUUGGAUACAUCAUGGACUGGAAGAUGAAGGAUUGUGAAGAGGAGAAGCCCCCCCGCCAACCAGGCACAGAGCAGAGGCAAACCGCUGUACCCAAAAGAGACCGGAAGAUCCAGAAAGUGACGAACGCCAUGAGGGCCUUCACGUUCACCAACGUGCUGCUGCUCGCCUUCGGAUGCUGCUGCCUCAUCGACAGCCUGCCGCUACAGAUCUUGACCUUCAUCCUCCACACUAUGGUCCGGGGCUUCAUCCACUCGUGCUGCGGAGGCCUCUAUGCUGCUGUAUACCCGUCCAACCACUUUGGCACCCUGACGGGCCUGCAGUCCAUGGUCAGCGCUGUGAUCGCUCUGCUGCAGCAGCUGCUCUUCGUCGUCAUGGUCGGGUCGCUGAACGGAGACCCUUACUGGAUCAACCUGGGCCUGAUCCUCUCCUCAUUGGGUGGUUUCCUGUUGCCGGGUUACCUGUUCUACCACCGCAGGCAGCUGCUGAGGGAAAAGGAGGCCAGAGACCAGAAGGCGGCCCAACAGGAGACGCUGGCCCUCAACAACGGCGCGACCAACGGCCACAAACCUCACAGCAACGGCGUCGCUGCCGUGGAGGCGUGAAGCGACUCAGAGUCAACGGUUGGGGGGGGGGGGGGGGGGAUCAAAGGAUUUGUGGUUGUGUUGAAAAUGAGCACCAGCAAACUACGCAUCCAGAGAGGGAUUUUUGCUUAGAUAAUUCCAGUGGUUCCAGUUUUUCUUCAUCAUUGCCGGUGCACAUUUUCCAGCAAAUAGGAUUCCUCGUGGUGUUACGACUCAGAGUUGGACUUUGAAGUUCCUUUGUGAUUUCCGUUGUCAUCAUUCGUUUAUUUAUUUUGGUUAGUGUCAAAGAGCCGAAUCAGUGUGAUUUAAAGCCAUAGAUUUCACUCACGAGCACACACCCUGAUACUGAUGCUGAGUGUCGGGCCGUGGGAAGCAGACUACUUGAAACACUGUCAGAUGGUAUUCACAGAUUUCUAAAACAAUCAUCACUGUCUUCGCUAAGACCAAAGACCGGCUGAAAAAAAGGAAAGUUACAGUUUUUCUACAGCGUUUCUAUUCCUUGGACAAAAACUAAAAAUACAUAAAACAAAGGAUAGAACAAUCACAGAAAUGUUGCAGCAUCUGAACACCAGACUUCUGGUAGGUACAAAGACCCGUUUGAGUCCAUUCUUUCACACACAUGCACACGCGCAGUUAGGCAGGUUAGACACCGUAUCUACCUCCUGUUUCCUACUUCGUAUUGUCUCUCGGCAAAGUUUUUUUACACCGUUAAUCCUUUAAUUAUCAAACACCUGAAAUGUCAAAUCCUCACGUGUUCUCCUUGAGUGUUGAUGCUCUUUGGGGGUAUCGCUGCGCCGGCCCGAUGCAUUUAUGGAUUGUUUUAUAUGGAGGAGAAACACUUUUAAAUGGACAAUUCCCAAAUGAGACUGACUUACACACACAGUGUGUGUUGAUGUUGUGAAUCACUUUGUACUGCUUUAUGCACAUCAAUGAACUAGUGUGUGUAUAAAUGUGUAUUUAAGUGUAUUUUUAUACUCCGCAGUAGCAUUAAAAAGGGAAGCAUUUGUUUCAAUGUCAGUUAUUGUGUAGUGUGUUAAUUCUAAAUGAAGCUCAGAUGAUUAACAUUAUAUUCUGCAUUUCGCCUUUUUGCUUUUCUAGUCAUGUUUUGAUUUUGGAGCAAAUACACCUCCAUCCAAUUUCCUUUUUUUUUUUGGUAAAUAGAACUACAGUGUGUUUUUAAAUGUUUUUCUGCGUAGAUGCUUGAAGUUAUAUUAAAGUGUUUCAGCCAGAUAAAGUUCAAAAUGUGUCCACCCUGUAAGUUUGUUUUGCUCACAGCAACAGUAUCUUGUAGAUUUUAAUCCAUCUCAUUUUUUUGACCCAAUUAUGUCAGUGUGAAGACAGAUUUAGUAGAUGAUUUAUUUUGUGUCAGUUUUUUCCAGCUUUACUUUGACUGCAAUUUCAGCUUCAAGAAUCUUCUCGCCAAGAGAGACCAUCUUGGUGUUAAUGCUGUGUAUAUAUAUAUAUAUAUAUAUAUAUAUGGAUGCAAGAAUAACGCCUCUGCCAAACCUCUUUCUCUGUAAAUCAAAGCCAUGUGGAGGCACUGUAAACUAGGACCGUACAACCAAAUGCAUUUGUCAAGCAGUAAAGUUACAGUAUUUUUUAAAGUUUUGAAUACAAAUAGUCCAGCAAUUCAGGCAAAAAAAAAGUGACUCUUUGUAUCUCGGCAAGUUGACCAAAAAGCUCCUUGUUGUGAGACCUGUGGCUUCCUUCUGCCUUUUAAAUUGGGAUUCAAAGCCUGAAGUUUAAUGAACUCCUCCGACAUUCUCAACAACAACAAAAAGCAAACAUCCUUUGUUUUGUCAGUAUCUUAAGAGCAUCCAAUCCAGUGGCUUGUCUAAUUCUGUUGCUUUACCUUGGGGUCGAAGUGUUGGUAUGAGCUCAAUAAACGCCUUGAACCAAUAUAUCCAGCAUGUGCAUUUUAUAAAUAAGUGGCUAUUGACAUUUCGUGACUUGACUUGUGUUUUUUAUUUUUGCCACUAUUGCAAAAAUAUGUCCUCACAAUAAAGAAUAUACAUCAGCAUCAGC